UCCCCGAAUGCCCACACGAGCCCUUCGUCAGUCAGUCGGUGAACUCGAGUGAAUGGAUCUCCACACCUCCUUUUCUUUUCGCUUUUCUUCUUCGUGCAUUGCAGUGGUGUGAUUGAGAUAUGUUUACUCCCGUGCAUACAUCGCUAGGGGCAUUGCUGCUCUUUCAAGGCUCGGCGGGUCUGCUGUUACACAAUGGAUCCGUUUUGGGCAUUUCCUCGCUCUUGUCCGGCGCGGUUCUCAAUCCAACCCCGGACAAUAUGUCCAUCAUAGCCGGGUUGGUGUCAAGUGUGGUGCCAGUGGCUCUCUUCAUGCCUACCUUGAUCCCAUCAUAUCCUCCAGCACCGAGCUCCUGGCUGUCCUUCAUGUCCACGGUGGGCACUGGAUUUCUGCUGGGUUGGGGCACAAAGAAUGGUCGAGGUUGCACGUCCGGCCACAUGCUCUGCGGCAUUUCUCGAAUGUCGCCGCGAUCGUUCAUUGCUACCGCAGUCUUCUUUACCACCGCGUUGCUCACGGCCAAUUUCGUUGCCGGAGGCAACAUCCCCCCAUGUGCCGGGGAAGUACCCUGCUACAUGCCCGUCUAUCCAGCGACAGGGGAGAUUAUCUUCAUGGUCGGCACCACAAUUCUCGCGUCCGUGAUGAACUUCUUCGUCGUACCUCGAACCCUCGAUCGAUCACAUAGGUCCAGAACAAUAUUCUCGUAUCUGGCAGGCUUGGAAUUCGGUAUGGGGCUGUUGUUCUCCGGUAUGGCCGACCCAGCCAAGGUGUUGCGGUUUUUUGCCUUCCUCUCCGACCCAUCCCGUUUCGAUCCGUCGCUGGCACUCAUUAUCGUUUUCGGAAUCGGCCCGUCGCUGGCGACCUAUUUGUCCAUAAGACCAGGACAGCACACAGACGAGAAGGUGGAACAGUCAAAGCCCACUCUGGCGGAGCGAUGGCAACUGCCCACCGCCACUGUGGCGGAUAUCGACUGGCGCUUUGUAGCUGGUGCAAUGGUUUUUGGUCUUGCUUGGGGAUUACGUGGUGUAUGUCCUGGCCCAGCAGUCCUGCGCACUGUGCUGCAGCCAGCCUGGGGUCUGGCGGAGAUGACUGGUUUUAUGCUCGGAGAUAUGGUGUGAUUAACCCGGGCUGGAGAAUGGCUGUUGGACAGGUUGUGUGACCAUUCAAGAACUAUGCAGUAUCAGCACAGCCCAG